AUGACUGGAGGUGAGCGGUGCGACUGCCCCAAGCAGCUUAGCCGGAUCGUGGGCCUGGGCGGCAUGAGACGAUCGCACGUCAAGCGUCAACAUCCUGGCAUCCAUCCCUUGCCAUGUUGCGUCCUGGCGUCCAUGAAGGCGGAAGCGACCGGGCCUGCAUUUCACGUACCACUGCACCUGACUGCGCGGCAAAUUGUGAUUCCAUGUGUGCGCCGGCUCGACAAGGCAACCUGCACGUCCGCGCGCUUCAUCUCAAUGGAUGCGGCUCAGUGCGCGGCGUCAGCGGACAACGGUGGCGGCGAUGAGAAGACUGCCCUUGCAAACGGCGCAGAAGGGAGGCCCUCGGGCGAAGCAUUGUCGCCAGCAGAGGCAUCCUGGAAGUCGCAGCCUCUCUCCCAGCAUCAGCAGGCCAAAGUGCACGACAUCUUGGCAGCCUGUCGAGACGACAACCACGAAGCUCUGACCCAGCUGGCAGCAUCCGAGGGCGGCCUUGUUGAGGACGAGGUGAGGCGCACGGCAUGGCCUUUCUUGCUCGGCUGCACGGGCAGACAACAGCAUGACAACGUGCCAUGGACAACAUUUGAACGACACCGGGACGAAGAUCAGGUCCAGCUCGACGUCAAUCGAUCAUUCGUGUACUACCCUGAGCACGAGACCACAGCACGUCUCGAUGCACGCAAAAGCGAGCUUUCAGACGUCAUCACUGCUGUCUUACGACAACAUCCGAGGCUAUGUUACUUUCAAGGAUUCCAUGAUAUUGUCCAGGUGCUGUUGCUGGUUCUGGGCGCCGACGUUGCGGAGGCCGCGGUCGCACGGUUGUCUCUGUUACGCAUCAGAGAUUUCAUGCUGCCCACACUGGCGGGUGCCGAGUCACAUCUUCGCCUACUCCCAGCAAUUCUUUAUGCUGCAGAUGUGGAGCUGUGCCAACAUCUUGCAGGCGCAACACGACCGACGCCGUUCUUUGCAUUGUCUGCAACAUUGACGCUCUAUGCGCAUGACAUUGAAGAGUAUGGAGACAUCGCGCGACUUUUUGACUACCUCCUAGCAAGUGAAGCUGCUGUCCCAGUCUAUCUCUUCGCGGUAAUCAUCAUGUCGCGCAGACUGGAGCUGCUCGAAGUAGACCAUGACGAGCCUGAAAUGCUGCAUUCUAUCUUGUCCAAGCUUCCGAAGCCCCUGGAUCUGGAUGGCCUGAUCAGCAAGACACAAGAUCUCUUCAGACGGUGCCCGCCUGAGAGAUUGCCUCAUCGAGCGUGGAGUCACAUCAGCUCAUACAGCGUCCUGAAGACAACUCGCGACCCGCAUGCUCUGUCUAGACAGACCUUCGGAGACGGCGAAAGAUACUUCGACCUUCAAGCUCGGCAGAUCCAGCGAAAAGAUCAGAUUAAAGCCCUACACAGGCGCUUCCAAGCGAUUGUACAGCGUUACCGUCGGCCGGCACGCUGGACCGGCGCCGCGGUCCUUGUCGCUGUGCUAGCACUGUACUUUGGCCGAACAGGCGGGACGUUCAGCGGAGCCGGGUGGGUCUCAAUGGUCCACAAUGCACAGCGCAGAGCCGUGGAUCAUCUCUGGCACUUGCUGGCUCGCAUCCUGUCGUAG